AUGGAGAACGCGACCGUAGCCAGCGGGCUGCCCCCGCUGCCCGAUUACACUCUCUAUCCGCUCGCGCCCGUCGUUCCCGGCAUUCCGGACAAGUACUUGACGCUGGCCCUGCCCAUCAUUGCCUACUGGAGCGUGUCCAUGGUCUUCCACCUCAUCGAUAUUUGGGACCUCUUUCCGCAAUACCGCCUGCAUACUCCGGUCGAGCUCACCCAGCGGAACCAUGUCUCGCGCUACGAAGUUUUCCGCGACGUCGUCCUCCAACACUUCAUCCAGACUGUUGCCGGAAUCGCCAUGGCGUGGUACGAUCCCGAUCCGACCUUCGGAAAGGAAGACUACGACGUGGCUGUGUGGGCACAGAGGAUCAGGUUCGCCGAGAGGGCAAUUCCUUACAUUCUCGGUGCAAUUGGUUUCAACGCGUCCGCCUUCGCUAAGGACCUGUCAGAGUCUCGCCCCAUGCUUGCUGGCGUUCUCGCUGGUGGCAGGUACCCCUGGUUGACUCAAGAGAUUGUCUCUGGUGACCAGCUCGUCACCGCGCCCGCCUUCGCUUCUUGGGAGCUUUCCCUUGCCAAGUUCAUCUACUGGAUCGGCAUUCCCGCCAUUCAGUUCCUUGUGGCUGUUUUGAUCGUCGACACUUGGCAGUACUUCUGGCACCGCGCCAUGCACCUGAACAAGUGGCUGUACACGACCUUCCACUCCCGCCACCACCGUCUAUACGUCCCUUACGCAUACGGCGCUCUCUACAACCACCCCGUUGAGGGCUUUCUCCUGGACACUCUUGGCGCCGGAAUUGCCUACCUCGUCACUGGCAUGAGCAUCCGCCAGUCCAUGUGGUUCUUCACCGGUUCCACUAUCAAGACCGUCGACGACCACUGCGGCUACGCCUUCCCCCUGGAUCCCCUCCAGUUCAUCACCUCGAACAACGCCCUGUACCACGAUAUCCACCACCAAAGCUGGGGCAUCAAGACCAACUUCUCGCAGCCCUUCUUCACCUUCUGGGACAAGCUUUUGGGUACCAUGUGGACCGGUGGCGACGUCACGCACAAGUAUGAGCGCGCCCGCAAGGCCGCUGAGAAGAAGGCCGAGAUCAACGUCCUGAAGCCGAACUUCCUUCCCUCUGAGCUGCAGCCCAGCAGUGCGUCUGCCUCGGAGCCCACGUCCGAAGUCGAGAGCGCCAAGGAGCAGCCGCAGCCCGCCCUCAGGCGGAGCCCGCGCAAGAAGGACCCCAGCGCGUCGCAGCAGACUGCGAACCUGAAGGGCCUCAGGGACCGCGUCAACAGCAACCUCCAGGGCAAGAGCCCUAACGUUCUCGGCGUCGAAAGUAGCCACUAG